CAACCGGCGGCCUAUUAUACUCCAACGUUGAUUUGUGCCGUUGCCGACCAAAAGGUACUUCGAGAUUUGGUGUGCGAGAAGCUGCCCAAAUUGUCAUCUCAUCUGAGGAAGUUCGAAAUCGACCUCUCAGCAUUUACCCUCAGCUGGUUCCUCACCUGUUUUGUUGAUAUUUUCCCACAUACCAUUUAUCUCAACACUUUUGACGUAUUUCUUUAUGAAGGAAACAAGGUGUUGUUCCGUUUUGCCCUUGCCGUUCUCAAACUCGCCGAAGCCUCAGUACUGGAAUGUAAAACUAUUGGUGCAGUACACGCUUCACUAAGCAAAGUAGCGCAGCAAGUUCCCGAUUUUAAAACACUCGCACAGAUUGCUUUCAACGAGUUGAAUCCUUUUCCGCAAAAAGCUAUUGAAACCAAACGGCAGUUUUAUCUUGCUCAAUUGACGGUAGGUUUCAGUUAUUUUUUUGAUUGUUUUGAUAUUAAUAAAGUUUGGUAA